ACACAUUCGGAAGUAAUUAACGGAAGCAAAACUACACCACCCAUAGACAUACUCGUUUCCAUAGCAACUAGACAUUACUUUCCAACUUUGUGUAGAUGGUGUAAUGCAGUUAUUUUUACAAAAUAUUUAGAAAUAAACAGAAGGACUCAUGGAGUUUAAUGGACGAACCGCGCCUCUGUUUGAAUCUGCCAGUGACAGGAGUUUCAUGCAGUCACUAAAAGAGUUCAUAAAGAGUGAAAAGGAGCAGUUAGGCUGUCCUGAUGAGGGACCGGAUGAGCAGAGAUAUACCAUUUACAGCACAGCUUUCGAUAAGAUAAUCGACUACGCGACGGCGUACAAACCGAUUCUCACGGCCAUCAAGAAAGAAUACGAUGACUUCAUCGCCUCGGUGAAGAGCGAUCAGCGUCAGGCCCGGCUUGCUCGGGGAAAACUGAAGGCCAUGCUGGCUCGACCCACCUCCUUAAUGUACUAUCAGAGAAGAGCUGCUCAACUGCAGGAGAGGAUUUCAGCCAUUCAGCGAAACACUACUGAUUUACAAGCAGAGAUAAAAAGGCUUCAAGAGUGCAAAAAUGAACAAGAAGUUUCCCAACAACGGGAAACAUUAGAGGUCACAGUUCCCACCGGUCAGUUACCAGGUCUUUCACUGAGUGAGUCGUUAAACCCAGAAUCCCUGGAUAAACAUCUGGAGCAGUUGGCGCAGAAACGAAACGAACUGUUGAAUAAGAAAAAGAACCAAUACGUUCCAGUGCAGGUCAAAACCGACCUGGAUGUGAAAAUGAAGGUCGUAUUGAACCAAAGAGAUGAACUCUCUGUAGAGAACGACAAACUGCUGCUCCGGUAUAAACGGUUAACUCUCCUGAAGGAAGCUCUCAGCCGUUGGGCAAAAUCAGGAAGCCGCUCUCCUCUACUCGAGCUCCUCUCCUCCGAAUUGAAGCAUGUGUCGGAAAUGAAAGGUGCAGCAACAACCGUGCUUCCGGCUCGUACCAGACCACAGAAGACGCUCUGCUCUGUAUUUGUCCUGCUCUCAUCGUGUUCUUUUAUCCUAGUGUGUGAAGACGACCGCAAAGGCUUCCGCGCUGAUCGUUCAGAAGAGGACGAUCCUGGCGAAAUCAAAGAAUCCAGACGUCUGGCGGCCUACGUCGAGAGGUUUGUAAAGCUGUUUGACGCAGGCGAGUAUGAGGACGCCGCUUUUCACGCUGCCAGGUCGCCCCACGGAGUGCUGAGAAACAUGGGCGUCAUGGAGAAAUUCAAAGCUAUCACGGCGUACGAGGGGGCGCUUCCUCCUGUGCUGCUCUUCUUCCGGUUGUUGAUGAUCUCGGCGCCGCCUGGAAAACCGCUGCCGGAAACGCUGUCGUCGGAGGGGGUCCACUGUGCCCUAAAGCACGGCUACGUCGAGCUGGUGACGUUUGGGGUGUCUCAACACAGGCUGACGUACAGCGAGGAAUUAGGUGAUCUGAUCUGUAGCCAUGGAGAUGAUGACCUACGCGCAGUGGACACUUGUUUGGCCCUGGCCCAGAUCGUUUACUCGGCCUGCGGCGCGCUCAGAAAAGCCGCGCUGACCAUGUGCAAGCGCGGCCUGACCGGCGCAGCUUUAGAGUACAUCUACUACAACAAAGAAUUCACCAUCGACGACUGUAUGUUCGUGCUGAGGGGACUUCCCAGUGUGGCUCUGCUGCGGGAUUUCACUCAGCCGUGUGACCGCGUGCCGGCGCUGAUGUCUGUAGGGUUUAUCUGUCAUUAUCUUCUCAACUCUGACCUGGAGGAUCUGGCCUUCCAUCUGCUGGAGCAGAUUCAUGCAGGAGGACGAGAUGCGUUAGAAAAAACAGUCCUGGAGGAUGACCUGUGCAGCGUCGAGAGCUGGAGCGAAAUCGCCGCCCGCUGCGAGCAAACCAACCGGCUCGACCUGGCGCAGGACAUCACCUCCACACUGCUGCGCCAGGACGGUGCCAUGCGCCUCUCGCCAGGCCUCGACAGCGCCAAGCUCAUGGAGCACGUCUUCAUGUAGCGAGCCGACCACCAGGAGGAGCCCGGGAGAGAGAAGGCCAGCUUUGUGAUCACCCCCGCAGCACACUGAGCUCUUUGUCACGUCGCUUAGCCACUAUGGUAACAAGGCACAUGAAAGCAAGCGACGCCUCCUCAGUCUACAAACACCCACAUUCAGUGAUCCUUUUCUCCCAGAACACACACACACACACACACACACACACACACACACGUGCAAAACCUAGUCUUCAUCUCUAAACACAGCACAGAGGAUGAGAUUUAUUUCUGAGGAUGAUGAUGAUGAUGAUGAUGAUGAUGAUUGUUGUUGUUGUUGUCGUCAGUUUUCUUUAUGCAUAUGUUUUUAUGAUCCGUUUGCCAAUCAUCUGCUUUGCAGACCACAAUAACAAAUAUAUGUGUAAACGGUAGCUUUCCUAAACUGUUUUCUUUUUAUUCUUUUCAGUUUAUGUUGGUGGUUGUUUUAUUAUAUUUAAUAGGGUUAUUAUUUUAGAAAUAUUUUAACGACAUUUAUAUUUUUAUUUUCAGUUUAAAUUUCAUAUUUAAACUGAUAGUUAUUGUAAUCAUAAUUUGAUUUUUUUUUAAAAAAAAAAAGCCCUUAUUUUGAAAUUGUUUCGAUGUUUGUUUUAAAUGCCAUUAAAUUUAAAUCGGUUAUUCUAUAAGUUACAUUUUAAAUAUAUAAUUGAGUCCCUUUUCAUUUUAAAGUAACAAAACGUCUAAAUUCAGGCAGCACGAUGCUCUUCACGUUCAGUUCGUCACCCGGAUCGUUAAUCGUCUUCGUUUCAGCCAAUCAGCAGUCAGGAAACACGCAGGUGAAUUCCCACAAUGAAGGAAUUCAUUUAAAUACUUUAAAAAAAAAAAAAAAAAAAAAAGCUUCAUUGUGCUGUAUGUUGUUUUUAAAAUGGAAAAAUAAAUUAAAAUAAAUUCAACUUUGAAAUCUUCAAGAUCCACGAUUUGAAAAUUAAAAAACGUAGUGACACAGAUUUCAUUUCGUAUUUGAGUCUUAUGUUAUUUUAGUUCAUCAUUAAUUAAUAAAAUUAAUACAUUUUAGAACAUGGGACUACCAAUAAUAAUAAAAAAUUGUUGCACACCUAUAUUUAACAAAGUUUUAUUUAUAUAUAUAUAAUAUAAAUAAGCCUGUUUUGUUUGCAAUUGUUUGAUAUCCAUGAGAGCAGAGUAUUUCUGUGAAUUUUUUUUUGGAACAAAAGAUCAAAAGGUUAAACAAAGACAAUUUAUCACAGCUUUCUUUGCUCAUAGUUACCAAGGGAGCCAAUAUUAGUUGUCAGCACUGUGUGUGUAUAUACAUAAUAUAAAGGAUAAUUUUAAUUAUUUUUUUGUUUUUUUUUAGCUUUUUUAUUUAUUUGAACUACAAUAAACCUUUUUCUAGAAUGUACAAUAGAAAUCAGUUGCUGAUGAGAUGCUGAUAAACUGUGUGUGUGUGUGUGUGUGUGUGUGUGUGUGUGUGUGUGGAGGGCAGCCUCAGCUUUUGGCACUUCAAGGCAUUAUCGAUCUCCUGCAGCAAGCAGAGUCGGGCCGAGCCUGAACUUUCUGCGAGGUCAUUGUUUGUGUGUGUGUGUGUGUGUGUGUGUGUGUGUGUGU